CAAUUAUUUAGGCGAACUCAAAACAAAUCGUUGAACACUAAUUUAGGCAAACUCAUAAACAAAUCGUUGAACAAGUUUUGGUUGAUGUUACCGUGGAACAAGGAAGAGUCUUCAUUUUCCCAGAUUCCUCCUCCUCUCUUCUCUCUUUUGACCAAACCUCCAUUUCCCAGGCAAGACUUCUCUCAAGUUUUAUGAUCCCUUUUACGUUUUUGCUUCCAUGCAUGCUCAUGCAAAUCUCAGACGCAAGAUUCUGAGUUUUGCCCACAUUUGCUCCAUUCUUUUCUCUUUGUUGUGAUAGUUUUUUGAGAUGAGUUUCAAUGUUUUUCAGGAUUCAUCAUCAUCACCAGUUUGAAGAUGGAUUCAAAUGUUAUAUUUGAUCAAAAGGUCACAAACGGGUUCACGCCUGUGUUAACGUACGCAGCCUGCGAAUGGUUUCUCAUAUUCCUCAUGUUCAUCGAUGCUCUUCUCUCCUAUCUUCUCGUCUGGUUCGCUCGUUACUGCAGAUUGCAGAUGCCAUGUUUCCUCUGUUCCAAGCUUCUUCACCCUCUACAUUGGAGAUUCUUGCUCUGCAGAAACCACAGAUCAGAGGUUUCAUCUUACAUGUCGUGUCAGAAUCACGGCAACAACCUUGCUGAUUGUCGAAGCAUGUGCGAUGAUUGUCUCUUGUCGUUCACCAAAAUGACUGGUCCGAAUCCAGACAUGAACAGAUUACUUCUUGGUAAAUUAGGGUAUGAUCUGCUCUCUAAAAGCCAUUUUGCUCACCCUAGAUCAUGUUCUUGUUGCAAUAAACCAUGGAGGACUAGGCACCAUACACAGAGACUGAUCCGGUUAGGCUCUCGGGGAAGAAACUCCUCCGGUAAACCAAACAUUCCCGCUCCAAGGCAUCUUAGUCGCCGAGGAAGCAGUGGAAGCUUGAAGAAGAUGAGAGAUCAUAAGACAACAAGUGGUGCUGAGUAUGCUGAUGUUGGAAGCCGCAGCGAUGGCAUGGCUCAUGUGGGUUACUCAGAGCUGAAGAUUCACUCAGAUUCUGAUUCCGAGUUCCUGUUUUCAGAUGAUGAUGCACUCCUCCAAAUAGCAGAUUUCAAUGCUGAGCCAUCUGAGAAACGUGUUCACAACUCUCGAUCUCGGAAAUCGUUUGAAGACAAGAAGAUGUCGUAUCAUAAACAGCCUGAUUUGCGAGAAGACAACCAGGAUAAGCACAUAAGGAAGACAUCUUCAAUGCUUGAGCAUAAUCUGGUAAACAAGACUCGGCAGGAACGACCUGUUAAAGCAAAGAGGCAUGAUGAUGCCCUCUCUGAGCUUAUAAGUAUGAGUGAAGCUCGUCCGUUUUUACUUGGUUCACCUAAAAAAUUGUAUGCUGUAGGAGCAGCACCACGAUAUGAAAAUGAAGCUGAGGUAAGUGGCAAGUCAUCUCCUGCUGGUGGGGAAUUCUUGAGUCCUUCUGGAGAUAAUGGUACCUCUCGGGGAAUCCAGAAUGAAGAGCACGAUGAUUCGGCAGAUUUUGCUCAAAACAUCCCCAGUUCAGCCGUGGAGACAGAAGAAUUUGAGGCAGCUAUGGAUGUGUCUGGUUUUGUUGAAAAUGAACCUUCUAGUGAUGAGGAGAAUGGAGUUGAAGGAGACUCCAAGCCUUUGGCGUCGAAUGACAUGUCAGAUUCUUUGGAACAGGAGCAGUCAAGUGAGGAAGAAAAUGAGGUUAAGGAAAACAAUGUUGCAGAAGAAUACUUCAGUAAUGAAGAAGAGGAUGAGGUCAGUGGACAUUUUGAGCCAUUGACAUCAAAAGAUUCAUCUGCUGAAGAACAAUCCAGUGAGGAAGAAAGAGCAAGUGAUGGCUAUUCGAAUGCAAAAGACAAUUCCAGUAUUGAAGAGGACGUGGAUAAUGAAGAAUCUGAGCUACUGACAUCAAACAAUGCGACUGGUUCUGUCACAGACCAAUCCAGUGAGGAAGAAGAAGCAAGUGAUGGCUAUUCGAAUGCAAAAGACCAAUCCAGUAAAGAGGACGUGGAUAAUGAAGAAUCUGAGCUAGUGACAUCAAACAAUGUGACUGCUUCUGUCACAGACCAAUCCAGUGAGGAAGAAGGAACAAGUGAUGGCUAUUCGAAUGCAAAAGACCAUUCCAGUACUAACGAGGACGUGGAUAAUGAAGAAUCUGAGCUAGUGACAUCAGACAAUGUGACUGGUUCUGUCACAGAACGCUCGGCUGAAGAAGAGCAUGGAGAUCAUAAAGAGACUGAACCUUUGACGUCACCAAAAAUAUCCAAAGAAGAAUCUGAGCUAGUGACAUCAAACAAUGUGACUGCUACUGUCACAGAACGCUCGGCUGAAGAAGAGCAUGGAGAUCAUAAAGAGACUGAACCUUUGACGUCACCAAAAAUAUCCAAAGAAGAAUCUGAGCUAGUGACAUCAGACAAUAUGACUGGUUCUGUCACAGAACGCUCGGCUGAAGAAGAGCAUGGAGAUCAUAAAGAGACUGAACCUUUGGCGUCACCAAAAAUUACCAAAGAAGAAUCUUCAUUAGAGCACAGUGAUAGAGAUUCCUCGAAGGUAACAGAGACUCGUAAUACUUCAAAUGAAUCACCGGAACUAAAGCACUCUGCCUCUGUGGAAUCUUUGGUAAGCAUUAGCAGUGACAUCGAAGGCGAAAACCGUGUUGAUUUGUUAAAGCAACAACUAGAACAUGACAGGAAAUGCCUAAGGGAAGUGACUAAAGAAUUAGAGGAGGAGAGAAGUGCCUCAGCUAUUGCUACAAACCAAGCAAUGGCAAUGAUCACACGGUUGCAAGAGGAGAAAGCAGCUCUUCAUAUGGAAGCUUUACAGUACCUGAGAAUGAUGGAUGAGCAAGCAGAACACGACGUUGAUGCACUUGAGAGGGCAAACGAUGUCUUGGCUGAUAGGGAAAAGGAGAUACAAGAUCUUGAGAUGGAGUUAGAAUAUUAUAGAGCAAAGUAUCCAGAUGAGCCAAGAGACGAAAUUCUCGCUAGCAUGGGAAUUCUCGGUAAUGUAGAAGAAACGAGUGGCGCCUCAACUGAUGAGACCAGCAAUAAAGCUUCAACAGACAUCAAACUUACCGGUUCUCCCACGGCAGGAAAUUAAGAAAGAAUACACAUUUGAGAAGCUACAUCAACUUGCUGGAGGAAGAAAACGCCAAGAGUGCUGAAAAUGGAUUUCUCAGGCUUGAGAGGCCUUUAGUAGUGAUGGUCACAGGAGACCCAACAAAAUAAUCUGCAGAGGCAUAAAGAUAAUAUACCAGCAUUCACUGCAGAAACAUA